CGCUAAAUGGAAGAUGCUAUAAAAGAUUCACCAGAGCGCACAACCCCAUGUACCAUAUUACUGUCCAUUAAGGACGUACAAUAGCUACCGUGUGUGUUUAAAUUUGUGUGUGUGUGUGUGUGUCACAGGAUAUCCAGGAAUAGUCUUAUCGCAGGAAACUUUACUUGGUCCUAUCUCUCCUCUGAACAUUAGUCCUUCACACGCACAGAUGCAGACGACCAGUGAGCCACAAUGGACACCUCCUUAAAUAUACUCUUGGUGCUGCUCCCGCCGCUGCUGCUGCUCCUGCUGCUCCCGUCGCCAGCGUUGUGUGUCUCCGGGGGUGUCUUGAACCCCGCCCCGGACGUGACCUGCCGAGCCGAUGUCACCAUCUCUGAAACUGAAGGACCGUCGAAAAUUGAAACAGUACAAGAACAUGGGAGAAACAUUAUUUACUACAAGAUUUUGGAAACAUACGUGCACCCCGAGCCAGGCUUCAAAGGUGUUGGUCUAGAGGCGGUGGUGGACGGGAGCAACUACACCGCUUGGUUCCAGCUACAGAACACUUGCUUCCCUGAUGGCUCAGUGUAUUGGUGGAAGGUGUGGGCGGGCGUGUGGGUCCUGACGUACAACGAAACACAUGGCAUUGUAUUCCAAUUAAAUACUGGCAUGUGCAAUACUCUGUGUGCCCAAACUGUCCAGUCCAGUUAUCCCUCUAGUCUUCAUAUUGUGGCUCACGGGCCCUCAGGCUGGAGAGGAGACAUCCCAAAACGCCAGAGGAACUGCGUCACAAGUCAGGAGCUAAAGGGGAGCUUACAAGUUUCCCACUGCACACCCUCUGACAAGACCACAGCCCAAACCACGACCACAGCCCAAACCACGACCACAGCCCAAACCACGAUCAUAGACCCUGUCACGGCCCCACUCUCUGCCAGCAACCCAGAGGACACUGUCACGGCCCCACUCUCUGCCAGCAACCCAGAGGACACAACAGCAUCUACAGGGCUGGUGCUGUGCGCUGUGCUUAUUGUGGUAGUGUGGCACUAAGCGGAAACAGCAGCGAAGAGUGACAACGGGAGAAGGAGUCGUGAUGGGGAAAUCCCAAGGCGCCUCGGUCACCAGACGCAGAAGACAGUGAGCCACGAUGAACACCAGCAGGUCCUCCUUACUGAGUGUUAUGGUAUUGUAGUGUAAUAUCAUUAUGUCUCAUUAAUAUUGACUGUACUUGUACUUAAAAAAUAUCCAGGUACUUGGAGUAAGUACAGUCGCCUGUACUUGGACCCAACCCUGCACGUCUGUCCAAGGCUGAUCGUUGUUUGUCUUGGUGCAGGAGGAGCAGCGCAUUGGGACUAUUUAAUGAUAUUGUUCCACCUCUGGCUCACCCCCUCGACGGUUAGAAAAAAGUAAUUAUUUCUGUUGCUGUCUGUGCUGGGGCGACACUCUUGCGUCUUUUUGAUGGACUGAUGAUUUGUGUGUUUGCAAAUAUAAAUGUUUAAAUAAGA